UUCUCCGCAUUCUCCUCUGACUCAGCUCCAGCGAAGCCUUCCUGCUGACACUUCAGGAUCCAAAGAGCUGCUCCAUCAAUCAGGUUCUUCCACUGGCAGCAGACCAGGCGGCACGCCAGCACCAGAUCCACCGCAGCUGCCUGGAAACCCUCCGUCUGCCGUCGGUUCUGCACAGCCAUGGCCACCAUCAGUGACCUCCCCGAGGAUGUGCUGGUGGAGCUGCUGUCCCUGCUGCCCGCCCGGGAUCUGCUCCGUGCGUGCAGGCUGGUGUGCUCCCAAUGGCGAGACGUGGUGGACCUCGCCACCCUCUGGAAGCGCAAGUGCCAACGCGAGGGGUUCUACGUGCAGAGCUUGGACAGGAGCAUCACUGACUGGAAGGUGUUCUACCUGCUGUGCAAGCUGAAGAGGAACUUGAUCAAAAACCCCCGAGCCGAAGAGAACUUUACGCACUGGAAACUUGAUCAGAAUGGAGGAGAUAGGUGGAAGAUCGAAGAUCUGCCUGGACCUCUGGGGAAAGAGCUGCCAGACUCAGAAGUCCACAAAUACUUUGUCACUUCGUUUGGGCCAUGCUUCAAGUCUCAACUGAUUACCCUGCAGGAAGAAGGGUACUGGAAUGAGCUGAUGGAUGAAAAACGGCCUGAAAUUGUAGUCAAGGACUGGUAUGCUGCCAGAUUUGACUGUGGUUGUCGCUAUGAGCUCAGAGUGAGGCUGCUUUCUGAAAACUACAUUGUGCUUGAGGAGUUCUGUCCUGAGCCAGUGGUCAUAGAGCAGUGGAGUGACGCAAUGUGGAGAGAGAUUUCCCACACUUUCAGCAAUUACCCAGCUGGAGUUCGUUACAUCUGGUUUCAGCAUGGAGGCCAAGACACCCAAUUCUGGGCAGGAUGGUACGGGAUCAGGGUGACAAACAGCAGCAUCACCAUUGGGCCACAGACAUUGAAGGCAAAUGAAGACACAAUAUAAGUGUUCUCUUUUACCUCAGGACUGUGACCAGCUGGUUUCAGGUGCACUUAUUUGCCUGUACUCUCUGGGUGAAUAUCCUGGCUUUGUCUUGCACAGCUGAUGUGGAAUACGAGCAGCUAGCUCUCCUUGUUUGCAAGCAGAACUUCUGCAGGCCCAGCCCUCUGGAAGGACUUCUGUCUUCAUCUGUCCUCCCUCACUGUGGCAGUGACAAUUCCUGGUGCCCUUCUAUAGGAGGAAGACGAGGGCAAUUAAAUAUGACACCUAAAGUGAACAGCACUUGGCUGUAGCACAAGUACAUAGCAGUCUUAACUGGAAACUCUUUCUUGUUUAUACAACUUAAUGAAAACAAGGCUAAAAUCUUUCAGUUCGGAUUAUCAACCCUUGUCUCGAGGACUCUGCUACAAACAGACUGUAAUACUAUGGUAUUUUUCUGUUUCAGUUUAAUUACGUGCAUAAAGAUGUAUCUUUCACAGCAUUAUGCCACCUUCAGUCUUCUUUAUCCUCAUAUGCUGUGUCACUGAUAUUUAAUUCCUUAGUAAGUAUACAUGAUCAACGUGGUAGAUGCCUUCCCUGUCCAAAUACAGCCCGUUACUGUUGGAAUGAACAAAGAGGAGGAAGGAAUCCCUUAAGGUGGAUACCUGACAACCUAAGUGCCUUUGGACUGUACUGCCUUUUUCCAUAUUACCAUUGUACUACCAAAGAACUUGGUUUGUACUGAUCAGUAACCUUAUAUAAAAUGUUAAAGCCACAGACAACUUGGAGAUGUGGUGUUCUUGCACUUUUUGCAUGGAGAAAGCAGGCAGGUGCUGUGCUGGCUGUUUUACCAAAUUUUCUGUCCAACAAGCUCAGCUCACAUUCUGUGUACCAUUUCUUCUACCCCUGUAUGCAUGGGGCUGAUAUUAAGGCUUUCUUCCAUCUCCUUUGACAGAGGCAGGAUAACAGUGUUUUCCCUUGUCUGCUGUCUGCUAAGAGUGAGACAGCUGACAAGUGUCCUUGCAGCACAGACACAUCCCACUGUGUUUCUAACAGCUUUUGUGUGAAGGUUUCCCUGUGGCAAGGGGAGACCAAGGUGGUACAGCCCUUCAUAGGAACUGACACAUCCCAGCCUUGUCCUAGAGAAGACGUGAAAAGGUGAUGGAAACUCUACAUACAAAAUAAAAAUGCUUCUUCACUGAAAGAACGGUUGAUUUGGACAGAAUUGAGCCUGUUUCAACUGGAGUAAAACUUGAUAUUUAUUGAAGACUACUUGGGACAGUCACAGUGGACAGAUGCUACAUAAGGCCUCACUCGCGCAUGGUAUCAGACCAUUGCUCUAGUGGAGCACACAGCAGAUCCCUGGUUAGCACUACCAGUGUGCAAUGGAGAUGUCCUGUUUAAGGCAAGAACUGGAUUUGUACAAUGAGCCGACCGCAGUCAGCUGUAUCCUACCCCAGGGAUUACUGUAAUGAAACCUCUACUCACUCUCACACAUGAGUGUACAUGGGAACAGGCUCUGGCUCCACAUUCCAAGUCAGUUCUAUAUACACUGGUAAGAGCACUUGAAAUAAAGAGGCAGCAGCUGCUCUACAUUCAUCCAGAAGGCCAGCUGAGGAGGCUGGGCUAUCAAGGUAUGGUUGGUGAGAGAUCUUACUCCGCUGGAAGAUCUGAUGAGGCUUGAAGAAAAGGAAGAGUUGAAAUCAGGUGCCUUUGUGGGCUCGUUCUUCUACAUAAAGCUGCAUCUGGAGGACAAAACAAGUAUCAGUUUCUGCUUGAUAGCCAGAUGGAGAACAGUCUGAAGAGUUUGCACCUCCCCUCACUAACAAGGUUUCCUGUUUUAAUAUGAGAAGUCUUCACACUACAUGUAGUUUCAGCCACCUCUCAGGCCAGAAUGCUCUGCUCACCUUUAAGAUGUCAGAAGUCAUAGUUUUCAGUGGGAUAAGCCGGGGGUCGUGCAUGUGCACAUCCUGUUCAUCAGCAAGAAUCCAUGGGAAAUCCUAGGGCAGGAACACAAGGAGCUUUAUGUACAGAGAGGUGGGCAGCCCCAGAAGGUGAGCUCACUUUCUCAGUGCUAGGUCAGUACGUGAAGUGAUGGGGAUGGCACUGUGCAGGAAGUAUUGGCACAGUCUAAUUCGGGCAUCAAAGCAGCUACUGCCUGCAGCUGGUGUGUGGUAGAAGUGCUCAGUCACCUCACCAGCGCAAACUGUAACACAUUCAAAGCAAAGCCAUGAACUGCAUCGUGUAAAAGCUAGCCAUCUAGCAGCCCUUAACCUCACUGAAUCCAGAAUUCUUCAAUUCCAGUCUUUGCAGCUUGCCUGUGACAAGGCAGCCAAAGAUACCACUUACCUUUAUCACCUGGAUCUUCUCCAUGUUGCGUGUAGCAGCCUCUCGUGUGUGAACCAGAACUGUGAAGGUGCAGCCUGUAAGAGAAAGGGCAGGCUGUGGAUCAGGGGACGACCAACAGAGGCUCAGACACUGCCUGUAAUCACCUCCCACAGAACAGAUCCAUGUCACUGGGCUGUGUGCACCUGCUUACCUGGGGGAUUGUUGUCCAGCACAGCAUCACACACGCUUAUCUUCAGGAUGAAGGCACGCAGUAACUGCUCCACGUGGGACAGCAAGGACUCUGAACUGUUGAGACAGCAGUUGUUAGUGGCACAAAGCAAAGUACCGGGGCCUGGAGCAUCUUCCAGAACAUCUCUAAGGACACGGGGGUUGGAUGCUGUGAGAAAGCAUGGGAAUGGAAUCUUUACCUAAUGGAAAGCAGGGGCGGCUGGGUGAUUUCGAAGACAAAUCUCUCCACUGGGUGGUGCUCUUUAUCCAGGAUUACAACUACAACUUUCUCCACGUCAUUCUGGAAGAAUAACUGCAGUUAGAGAAGGCCCUUCCUUAAAACAAGCUGUCUUCUGCCCCCAGUUAGCUUCACUUCUGGUAGAGUACGUUUAUCUGCUGUGGAGCAGUGCCAGCAGUUAUCCAAACCUUGAGCCCUGUCCUACUGCCAGGUUCUACAUGCAGUGUGAUGUCUGCAGAGAGAAGAGAAUGCAGGAUGUGGGGUGGCAGCAAGGUUUGCAACGUGACAUGUGGUCACACUUUUCUCUCAUAAAAGCUUGUGUUCAAACCACCUUUGCUUUCUGGCUUACAGCACAGCACUCUUAACUGUUCUCCUGCCAGAUGGAUGUUUCAACUCAAUGUUCUGCUUUUGAACACGUUUAAGUUCACGUGUAGGAUGAGCUUAUUGAAAAUACAGAGACUGAUCCUCAUGUUUAUGCAUUAGAAGCAAACUGAAUGCCAGCGUUCAGCAGCAUGCCUUGACUGCAAGGAAGAAUUAAGAUUGUUUUUAUUCUCCAUUAGUAACUUUAAAAGCAAGUAUAUUGUGUAUGGCAAGUACAUAAAUAAACAUUUUGAGAUGA